AUGCCGUCCUAUCCCGAGAAAUCUCCAUACAGACUCCAGGCCCUACUGCAGCUGGUCUGGAUGGAGACUGGAUCAAGAACGAAGCUUCUGAUUCUUGGCCAGGAAGAAGAGGGACCCCAUGAGAGCAGGGUCUUGUGGCUACCUUUGCAAGCACGGCUCUGCAGAGCCCGACCUGUGGAAGCAAAGCAGCCCAACCAUGCCAUCCAGCAAGGUGUUAGUGUCCAGCUGAUCCAGAACGGCAGGAAAACAACGGCCCUUGUUCCCAACGGUGGCUGCCUGAACUCCAUCAAGAGGCGUCCCAACUCAGGGGGAGAUAUUGGGUCACAGCCUGCCGUGAUCCCAGACAGCUCAAAGGGUCUCACUUGGGAUCGCUAUUUCUACGAUCGCAAGAUGAUUGACUUUGGUCAGUAUUUUUCCAUUUUGGCCACAAUUCUUGUCUGUGGAGUAGAAGCUAAGCAGCCCAACUCUGCCAUCAGGAAAUGUGUUAGAGUCCAGCUGAUUAAAAACGGCAAAAAAAUCACAGCUUUCGUUCCCAACGAUGGUUGCCUGAACUUCAUUGAGGAAAACGAUGAAGUUCUGGUUGCUGGUUUCGGCCGGAAGGGUCACGCUGUUGGUGACAUUCCUGGAGUUCGCUUCAAGGUUGUCAAAGUAGCCAAUGUUUCCCUGUUGGCUUUGUACAAGGGCAAGAAGGAGAGACCAAGAUCAUAAAUUUACAUUAAUUUGUCAAUAAUGUCAAUAAAAUUUUUGAUUG